AUGGCUCCUCGUUUUUGGACAGCUCUUUGGGCGCUCACUCUUGGCCAUGCUGCCAUCGCCGCGCCGCAGGUUCCUGUGGUUCCUCGUGCGACAGGUGAUUUGAAUACCUGGUUGGCAUCUGAGGCCGUGUAUGCAAGACAGGGUAUCUUGAACAACAUCGGAUCGGCUGGUGCCUAUGCUGGAAAUGCUAAGCCAGGCAUUGUAAUCGCCAGCCCAAGUACCUCCUCGCCUGACUACUUUUAUACUUGGACUCGUGACUCGGCCCUCGUCUUCAAGACCUUGGUCGAUAUGUUCAGAAACGGCGACACUGAUUUGUUAACCGUUAUUGAAGAAUAUAUCAACGCGCAGGCCUAUCUCCAGACGGUGUCCAAUCCAUCUGGAAGUCUUUCCGGCGGUGGUGGAUUGGCAGAGCCCAAGUUCAACGCCGAUGAGACAGCUUUCACUGGCUCUUGGGGUCGUCCCCAGCGUGAUGGCCCAGCCUUGCGAGCCACUGCACUGAUUUCGUUUGGCCAAUGGCUUAUUGCUAAUGACUACACCAACUAUGCGACCAACAUUGUCUGGCCCGUUGUGCGCAACGAUCUCUCCUAUGUUGCCCAGUACUGGAAUCAGACCGGAUUUGAUCUCUGGGAAGAAGUUCAAGGCUCAUCGUUCUUCACCAUCGCGGCUCAACACCGCGCCUUAGUUGAGGGAAGCACAUUCGCGAAGCAAGUCGGUUCUUCAUGUUCGUACUGUGACUCUCAGGCUCCCCAGGUUUUGUGCUUCCUACAGUCUUUCUGGACUGGGUCUUACAUUCUUGCCAACUUUGGUGGUGGCCGUUCUGGCAAAGACGCCAAUACUCUACUCGGCAGCAUUCAAACUUUUGAUCCAGAGGCAGGAUGCGACGAUACCACAUUCCAGCCUUGCUCAGCUCGGGCACUCGCAAACCACAAAGCUGUGACUGAUUCAUUCCGAUCAAUCUACAAUGUCAACUCUGGUCUCGGCGCGGGUAAAGCUGUUGCUGUUGGUCGAUACCAAGAGGACUCAUACUACAAUGGUAACCCUUGGUACCUCUGCACUUUGGCUGCUGCGGAGCAGCUGUAUGACGCUAUUUACACAUGGAAUCGUCAGGGCUCCUUGACAAUUACCUCUGUCUCUUUGAGCUUCUUCAAGGAUCUGUAUGGUUCUGCUGCGACCGGUACCUACGCAUCGUCCAGUGAUACAUACGCAGCUAUUGUGAGCGCUGUCAAGACAUAUGCGGAUGGAUAUGUUAGCGUUGUGGAAAAAUACGCUCCGGCUAGUGGCUCCUUGGCCGAGCAAUUCGCUAGGGCAGAUGGCACGCCGCUUUCAGCUCGUGACUUGACUUGGUCCUACGCAGCGCUGCUUACCGCCAACGAGCGCCGAAAUUCCAUAGUUCCUGCACCAUGGGGUGAGACAUCUGCCAACAGUGUCCCCGGCCAGUGCCAAUAUACUUCGGCUAUUGGUACUUACAUCACUGCAACCAACACCGCCUGGCCUGCCACUUUGACCAGUGGAGCAGGCGGUAGCGUGACUACCACUAAAACUCCCGGUGGAACUGCCACCACGACGACUACCACUACCACAACAGCAUGCACCGUUCCCACCUCCGUUUCAGUGACAUUCAAUGUGAUUGCCACUACUGUAUAUGGCGAGAAUAUCAAGCUCGCGGGAUCUAUCUCUCAGCUUGGCACCUGGGCUCCAGCCAGUGCUAUUGCACUGAGCGCUUCUUCGUACACUACUAGCAAUCACCUGUGGUUCGUGAAUGUGGCACUCCCAGCUGGUAGCACAUUUAGCUACAAGUAUAUCCGAGUGUCGAGCUCUGGCGCUAUCACAUGGGAGAGCGACCCGAACCUGUCGUACACUGUUCCUGCCCAGUGUGGUACUAAUUCUGUCACGAUUAGUGAUACCUGGAGGUAA